GUUGGUGACAGUCCCACCCCGUACUGCGCAGUCUAAUACCAGCUCCUCUCUCUUGCCAGCACCAUGAAACCAGCCCUUCAGCCUGACCUAGCGUCCCGCCUCUUGAAAGCUGCCCUUGGCUCGGUCUUCACCCUGGGCACGGAGAUGGACACCAUUGACAUCCAGGCUCUGCACAAAGUCAUACCAGAGCUCCUGGAUGCCAUGCUGGGGAACCUGCUGGCAGAGUCCCCAGAUGCAGACAGGCUCCACUUCAUCUUGGAGCAUGUCAGCCCCUGGAUUGUGUCCAGGGUGCCCCAGGAGAGAGCCAGGGCCAUUAAGAGCAGCACAGCCCUGCUGAGAUACACAGUCACCCUCCCCGAGUUUGACAUCUCUGCAGAGUUCCCUAGCCUGGGUCACCACGUGGCCCAGCUGGCUCUCUUUGUGAGUGACCCAGACCAGGACAUCAGCCGGCAGGCCAGGGAGGGGACUUACCGGCUGUACCAGCUGCUGCUCGAACAGAGGGGGCUGACAAUACACGAGGCAGAAGAUCUGUGGUGCUGCGACUGGCACCAGGACAGCAGGCUCCUGGGCUAUAAAAACACAGCCAGGGUGGGGGAGGUCUUUGGAAAAUUCUUCUCUGCGGGGCAGAGAAAAGACUUCCUUGAGACAGCAAUGCCAGCGAUCCACCACCCUCUGCUGUGUAUUAGCCAGGCUGGGCUUCUCCUUACAUACGCCAUCCUGGGGGAAGCCGAGCAACUGCUGGGGUACAAGGGGGAGGAUGUCACCGCCAAGCUGAUGGGUCAGCUCCGCAGCAUCUGGCAAUUGCACCAGGUGCCUGAGAUCUUCGCACGGGUCGACUUGCUGUGGGAGAUGCUGACGGACAUCAUCGUCUACAGUGCCAACUGGAAGGAACACCUCAAGCAUCUCACGAAGGUGCUGCGGGCGCUGGGCAAAGCAGGGCUCACUGCAAACCCAGCCAAAUGUCACCUGGACCAGGAAGAAGUGACUUACCUGGGCUAUAUGGUGCGCCCUGCAAGAACGGCUGACGUGGGAUCCAGUACUGAUCGAACCUGA